CUCAUAGCCAGGCACACCGAGCCAGCCUCAGCAAAAUGGCGGCGCGGGAUACCGGGCUUCCCCUGAACUCUCCGGAGUGGGGGGGCAACGGGCCUGAGGAGGAGACCGAGACCCCGGGAGGUAACGUGGGAGCAGCCGGUGUGUGGUUGCAGCUGGAGCCCGCAGAGAUCCGGAGGAGGCUGGACGCCACCAUACGGGAGCUGCGGAACCGGAGGAAGAUCCUGGUCCGGAACCUCCCGCAAGACUGCGGCAGCCAGGAUGUCCACGAUUUACUGAAGGACUACGAGAUCAAGUAUUGCUACGUGGAUAAAAACAAGAAGACCGCCUUCAUCACUCUGACGAACGGAGAACAAGCACAAGACGCGAUUUCCAAGUUCCACAAAUGCCUCUUCCGGGACAAGGAGAUUUGGGUUCAGCUGCAGCCGACAGACGCCCUCCUGUGUGUCGCCAACCUGCCCCCCUCACUCACCCUGCAGGAGUUUGAGGAAUUGGUUCGGACGUACGGAAGCAUUGAGCGCUGCCUCCUGGUCUACAGCGAGCUCAGCGGACACUUUAAGGGCUACGGCUUUGUGGAGUAUAUGAAAAAGGACUCCGCAUCCAAGGCCCGGCUGGAACUGCUCGGCAAACAGCUGGAGGAGUUCACCCUCUUUGCCCAGUGGGUAGACGUCAAUCAGCUGACGGCGGAUUUCAUCCAUUCAAAGUGCCUAUGUGUCGACAAACUUCCUAAAGACUACAGCAAUACCGAGGAGCUGACGGAGAUCUUCUCCUCUCUGCACGAGCCCACGUUCUGCCAGUUGGCCGAGGAAGAAGGUGGUUAUUCUGGAAGUUUUGCAGUGGUGGAGUAUGAAACUGCCAAGCAAGCAGAGGAAGUGAGAGACUUGCUGGACGGGGCGACUGUGAACGGGGGCAGGAUCCAGGUCUCCUACUGCGCCCCAGGGUCCCCGGGCAGAAGCGUGCUCGCCGCUCUUGUAGCAGCGCAGGGAAUGCUGCAGAAUAACCGGAAAGGAUUGCUUCCAGAGCCGAACCCUGCUCAGAUCAUGCAGAGCCUCAAUAACCCCGCCAUGCUGCAGAUGCUCCUGCAGCCACCGCAUCGCGGAAGGUCAGGGAAGCAAGGUUCUUCUGGACGACCGCACUUUGUUAACCCAACCGUCAGCCAAGCACUUCUACAGCUCAACAAGCUCCACCAGAAGCCGGGACUCCCAGGUAACGUCCUGCUGCAAAAUUUCUCCCAUCUGCAGAUGGCGCAGCAGCAACUCCUGCAGCUGAAGAGCUCCCAGUCCAAUAAUAGUAAACCUGGCCUUCUGGGAGAAGCCCCAGGCUCCAUGUUACAGAGCGCGAUGGGCACGGCGCAGACGGGAUCAGCAGAGGCCGCACAAAGAGACAUGCCAAAAAGCUUGUUACCCUUUUACCACAAUCAGCACUCUGCUCUGCCCCGGCUACCCCAGGACAAGAUGUCUGCAUCGGGGGCAUCUGAGGGGUCACUGUUGCCAGGACCGAACCCACCGCACGUCCAGACCAGCACCGCCGACCAUCUGCACAUGAACAAGACGACCAGUCAGACGUCACUGCUGGGGGAGCCGCCCCGGGACAUUCGGCUAAGCACCAACCCCUACCUGAACUUGGCCAGCGUGCUUCCUGGAAUGACAAUCAGGGCGCUCCAGCCUCACGGCAUGGACGGACUAAUCUCUCAGGACACAGCAGCAGCACAGCCAGGGCUGGACGGCUACUUCACCUACGGCCAGCAGUGCGGGGAUUACUCUCAGGAGGCCCUGCAGCAGUGGUAUGACCAGUACUCCACGUACGGCGGAGCCCAGGCUAAUACUGCCGGGGACAGCAGCCAGUCGUCUUCCACUUUGGGUUACGGAGAAUACGGCACGUAUGUCCAAGCACCGCCCACUUACUACGCGAGCGCACAAGCAUUGUACCAGCCUGGAGUUACAUCUGCAGAAAAGGUAACAGGAAGCGGGAAAAGAUCGUACCUUCUCUCCAGCCCAGACGCCGGCCCUGGAUACUCUGAGCACUAUGGCCAGGCCCCAGCUGACAGCGAUGCCUACUUCAAGAGGAAGAAGGUCUAUUAAAACAUUUGCGCGCACACACACGACUCCACCUUCACACCCAAAGAUGCACAAUGUGGGUUAAACUGAUUUUGUAAGCCAUUUAGUCUGGCACUGAAAGGGUUAGUUUUGCCUAAAUGAUCUGAAAAUUUCUCAGGCUGAAUUGUUAUAUAAAAGCAGCUAAAUCUCGAUGACGAUUUGUAGAUAUUUUCUACCCUGAGCUGUGAUUUAUUUCUUAUGUUCUCGCUUUGGCCGCCUGCAAACAUUUUGUUUUUUCCUUUUGUAUAUAUGAAGCAAUAAAGAACUAGUGAACUCUUUA